AUCGCCCAUGUGGUGCAAGGUCGCAAGCACCGCCAGGAGGUUUUCGUCGUUUUAUGCUCUCAGAGCGGUCAGCUGUGGGGGACAUUGUGCACAUACUGCAACAUUAGAGCUCAGUCGUUACUGGCGCCGCCACAUUAGCGCCAGUAUGUCCGGAGAGGAAGCAGAAUCUGGCGACGGAAAGAGCCAGACCCCGGAGACUCCCCCGGGGUUCCUGCAGGUUCACGGAGGGACGUGCAAAGAUACUCUUUCCCAGCGCGGAGGAGGUCUUCUACAAUCCCGUACAAGAGGUCAACAGAGACCUAAGUACAUUGGUGAUAAACGUCUUUACGAAGAAAGUGUGGGAGCCCAACAGAAAGAAAAGAAAGAGAAGUGAGUAGCGAUCUACAGUAAAACUGUGAAUGAUUGCAGCACUAAAAUUUUCUAUUGCACGUGUUUUGUAUUAAUUAAUUAUGCUUAAUUAAGCAUUCCUUGUGCCGAGGGUUUUUCGUUAUGAGUGGGUCUGAUGUAGUAUUGUCAAACAGAGGAAGCGGCCAGACUGGCAGCAGGAACAGAACAGGAUGGGGAGAAGGAGAAGAAGGGAGGGGGAAAGAAGGAGCGGGAGGGAUCGAAGGAAGAGGUGGAGGAAAUGAAGGAGAAAGAAAAAGCUGAUGGAUCUGAGGCUGAGCUCAGGAGUAGCUCCGACGCAAGUGAAGAUCUCGCAAUGUAUGAAGACGACAAGGCCAGAUCAACAGCAAGACAAACCAGAAACGUACUGGAGGAGCCACAUGAGGAGGUGGAGGAGGUGAGUGUACUGGAGGCACUGGCAGCGACUGGUGUCCGCUCCGUCCGCUAUGCCCUCGAGGUCCCGGCAGUAUCUCGUGUGGUGGCCAAUGACUUUACACGCGAGGCCUACAACAACAUGUGCAGGAACAUUGCCCACAAUAGGGUGGAGAGCAAAGUAACACCGUCCUGUCGGGAGGCCAGCAUGUUGAUGUAUGAGCACCGGGACCCUCUGAAGCAGUUCACAGUCAUAGAUAUCGAUCCCUACGGCUCGCCCAGUGUCUUCCUGGACUCUGCCGUACAGGCUGUCAGUGAAGGAGGUGUUCUCUGCAUCACAUGUACCGACACCAGUGUCCUCUGUGGCGUCUAUCCCGAAACAUGCUACUCCAAAUACGGCAGUGUGUCUCUGAGACUCAAGUGCGGUCACGAAAUGGGUAUACGCAUCUUCCUGUCAAGUCUGGAGACCCACGCCAACCGCUACAAGCGCUACAUCGUGCCUCUCCUCUCCUCUUGCAUCGACUUCUACAUCAGAGUCUUCGUCCAGGUCUUCACCAGUCCUUCCCAGGUCAAGAGAUCACUCAGCAAGAGGUCAAUGAUUUAUGCUUGCUCUGGCUGUGACAGCCACCAUCUCCAGCUUCUCGGGAAGAGAUUGGAAGUUGGAGCUUCGAAGAAGUAUCCAGCAGCCAGUGGCCCACCAGUGGACAGAACAUGUGCUGAGUGUGGAUCAACUUUCAAGCUGGGUGGUCCCAUCUGGUCAGAGCCCACAAACGACGUGGGGUUUGUUCGUAGUCUACUGGAGGAGCUGGAGACUCACAAACAGGACUACGAGCAUGCUGCCAGGGUCAGGGGGUUACUUGCUGUCGUUUCAGAGGAAUUACCAGACGUACCACUGCACUACACAUUGGACCAGAUCUGUAAUACACUCCACUGCACUAUGCCAAACAUGCUAGCCCUUAGGUCGGCCUUCAUGGAGCAAGGCUACCGUAUCUCCAUAUCUCACACUCAUGCCAAUGCUUUGAAGACGGACGCCCCCAACUCGGUCCUCUGGGACAUUAUGAGAUGCUGGGUAAAGAUGAAACCAGUGAAAGUGAAGCCAACGUCACCAGCAGCUGUCAUUCUGAGCAAAGAGCCAAAGAUUGAGGCAAGUUUCUCUGUUCGGAAGGAUGCCAACCCUCCGUCACGGAUCCAGAAACUGGCGAGAUUCCCUGAGAACCCAGAGCCCAACUGGGGACCAAAGGCCAGGGCCAAGAGAAAAGCUGGAACAGCAGCAGAGGAUGACCAGAGUGAGUGUGAGGGAUCGAAACGAUCCAAGAUACAGGACGAGAACACUGAGUAGAAUUGUCAUUGUCAUUUUGUCUCACCAUUUAGUGUGGAUUUUAGUGGCACUGUCUCACUUGUGGGCCAGGAAUC